AUUUGUCUCAUUUUAAUUGAGACAUUAUUAUAGAUUCAGAAAAAUAAAUAAAGUAAUUUAGUUGUCAUUUAUAAAUAUGAAUUCCCCAUUAAUAUUACUUUUAUCAUUAUCAAUUAUACUGACUCACUCUAUCAAUUAUGCCAAAGUAAUUAACAGUAAAGACACUGACUAUAAAGUUGUAUGCUACUGGGGCUCAUGGUCAUUUUAUAGACCAAAUGCUGGACAGUUUGAUCCUAAAAAUAUAGAUCCAAAAUUAUGUACACAUUUAAUGUAUGGUUUCGCUAAACUAAAUGAAGAGACCAAUAAAAUUGAAGCAUUUGAACCGGGAUUGGAUUUGGGAAGUGAGGACUGGGAAAGUGGACUCCCGUGGGGUAGAGGAAUGUAUCGCAAGUUUAAUGCUUUACGCGAACAAAACCCGUCUCUAAAGACUAUUAUCUCAAUCGGCGGUUGGAAUGAAGGCUCAGAUAAGUACUCGCGAAUGGUUUUUAACCCACAGUCGAGAGCUGUGUUCGUCCAAUCGGUCGUCGAUUUUCUGGCCGAAUAUAAAUUUGAUGGAUUGGAUGUCGACUGGGAGUAUCCAGGUCAGAAAGCAGUGGGCGAUCAGGACAGAGAACCGGGCAAUGAAGCCGACAAAGAAAACUUUGUGAUACUGUUACGUGAAUUGAGAGCUGCUCUUAAGCCAAAAGGUUAUCUAUUGGGAGCCGCCGUAUCUGCCGGUGCGCCGACCAUUGAUAGAGGCUAUAAUGUCAAAGAAGUCAGCGAAUUGUUGGACUUUAUUAAUCUAAUGACAUAUGAUUUCAACGGAGGCUGGGAAUCAAAAACUUCACAUAACGCUCCUCUAUAUCACUGGGAAAAUCCUGCCAAUGAUAAAGAAAAACAAUUUACGGUAUCAUAUGGUGUCGAUCAUUGGCUCAAAUUGGGCGUCGACCCCAAAAAACUGAUAAUGGGACUCCCGUUAUAUGGACGUGGCUUCACUUUGGCCAACCCUUUGGAAAAUGGUUUCAAAGCACCAGCAACUGGUAAGGGAUGUAAAGAAGGUCCGUAUACCAGACAAACAGGAAUUCUAGGAUAUAUGGAGAUUUGCGAUAACUUCAAGACUCAGCCGUGGAAUAAAUUAAGAGACGACAUCUACCAGAAGGUGCCGUACGCUGUGUAUGGCGACCAAUGGAUCGGUUACGAUGACCAACAAAGUUUAAGAGAAAAAGUAGCGUUCCUUAAGAAUCGAGGACUGGGAGGUGCGUGUGUUUGGUCGAUAGAUAUGGACGACUUCAGCGGCUCUUGUGGUGAGGGUAAAUUUCCGUUACUUACAGAAAUCAAUAAAGCGCUUAAAGGAUCAGUCGGUCCGGGACCGGGACCUAAUCCAGAACCUACUUCUGCAACUCCGCCUCCAAACCCUCCACCAACCAGUGAUUUCCAGUGCACUCAAGUCGGCACAUUCCCGGACCCAAAAGACCCGACAAUUUUUCACCGAUGCAUAGAUCAGGGAAACGGACAGUUCCAACACAUACAGACUCAGUGUCCUUCGGAAACCAUUUAUGAUCCGGCACUUCAAGUUUGUGAUCAUAAGUAAUACAAUUAUACAAUAUUAUGUAUUAUAUUUUCAAUUAAACUAUUUUCAAUAAAACAUAUCUCUAUUA